AAAAAAAAGAUGUGUCUUUACUCUGAUGUCCCCAGUUGUGUAUUCAAUAAGCAGUUAGGGUUGGGGCAUAGAAAAUCCUAAAUCCUAAAUCUGAUGUACUUUUGCCUGUUCAUGAAAUAACUUUAAGAGUGUUAUACGUCGUGGGAGCUAAAGCUGCUCUGCUCUCAAAGUGCUAACUGCUUAUGAUCUGAAAGACUUUUGUGAGGUCACUGUAGGUGUCAUGGUGGCACUGAGGCAUCUGUCCCUACUGCAGAAGUUGCAUCUUUGCUGUUAAUACUGUGUCUGUGUGGUGGCUCUAGUGAUGCAAUCAUUCUCGAUGGGGCCACUGACUCUGAUGUCACAAUGACUUAGCUGGAGGAAUCCUGAAGUCUCUUGUUUAGGGCCUUUGCUGCAGCUUAUAUGUUCACUAGUAAUCUGGCCUGUGCUUACCUUUUAAUCCCAGCUGGAAAAUCUCAGUAGGAAUGAUGGUAAGCUUUGAGAUUGAUAUCUCUUCCUUUAAAUGUUUUUGGAAAUUGAUUUUAUUUUUUGUACCUAAGUAGCUCUGAUUCAAAGGACCCACUUUGUGACAGUGGGAGGAAGUAUGUUGAGAAGAUGCUAAGUGUUGCUUAGACCUGUAUUACCUCUGCUUAUCAAUCCUUGAAAUGUAUGUAUAUCUGAAUGUAUAAAUGUGUGUCUAUUCACUAUCUCCCUUCCACCAGCACAUAAGCUGAGGAAGGGCAGGAAGCUUAUUUUAGUCCCCUCUGUUACCCCAGUGCUACCAAAACACAAACAAUGCCAGACCUGUAGUAGAUGCUCAGUAAAUAUUUCUCAACUGAAUAACACACUACAAACAAUAUGGAAUCAAGUGACAUACCUGGCAAUGGUAUCAUAGCACCUGGCAAAUUGUUUUUUGCCUUAAAGGUAAAAUAAAAAAUGGGGAUAUUGACCUCCUGUCAUUACUGCAUGGACUUUGAUGGUUUCCAAUCAUUACUUUCUCCUCUGUGUCAAUCUGCCUCUUCGAGAAGCUCAUACUCCUGGCCCUUCAUCUUCGUGCGUCAGGGACUCCCUGGCAGAGACAGCAUUGUCUGAGGCUACCACAGACUCCAUUGGCAGCGCUUCUCCCCAUGGCUCGAGGGAAAAGAGUAGCAGCUUCUCUCUGUCCUCAACAGAAGUACACAUGGUCCACCCAGGAUACUCUCAUCGAGUGUCUCUGCCCACAAGCCCUAGGAUUUUGGUCACCUCCCCAUAUCCUGAGACUGACAGUGCUUUUUUUGAGCCUUCCCACCUGACAUCUGCUGCUGCUGAAGAUGCUGUUCAAGUCAGUAGAAGAACCAUUUCUUUGAAUUCCUUCUCACCAGAAGUAUUUGUGCUGCCUGUUGAUGUAGAAAAGGAAAAUGCCCACUUUCAUGUUGCAGAUAUGAUUAUAUCAGCAAUGGAGAAAAUGAAGUGUAACAUUCUGAGUCAACAGCAGACAGAGAACUGGAGUAAAGAAGAAGCCAGUGGGUUACUUGGCAGUGAUCAGCCUGACUCUGACGUGACUUUUGAUACCAACAUAAAGCAAGAGUCUGGGUCUUCUACUUCUUCAUACAGUGGCUAUGAAGGUUGUGCUGUGUUACAGGUCAGCCCAGUGACUGAAACACGUCCUUACCAUGAUGUGAAAGAGAUUUGCCAAUGCGACAUUGAUGAAUUUGUUAUUUUAGAGCUUGGAGAUUUUAAUGAUAUCACAGAAACCUGUAGCUGUUCCCGCAACUCCUCUAAGAGUGUCACUUAUGAGCCAGAGUUCAAUUCUGCUGAACUAUUAGCCAAAGAGCUGUACCGCGUGUUCCGGAAGUGCUGGAUGCUGUCACUAGUUAAUUCUCAGCUGGCAGGUUCCCUGAGUGCAGCUGGCUCAAUAGUUGUAAAUGAAGAGCGUGUCCGAAAAAACUUUGAAUCCAGUAUGAGUGUUGUACAGGAAAUUAAAUUUAAGUCUAGGAUCAGAGGGACUGAAGACUGGGCUCCUCCUAGAUUUCAAAUCAUAUUUAAUAUUCAUCCACCACUCAAGAGGGACCUUGUGGUAGCAGCCCAGAAUUUUUUCUGUGCCGGCUGUGGAACUCCAAUAGAGCCUAAGUUCGUGAAGCGGCUCCGGUACUGCGAAUACCUAGGGAAGUAUUUCUGUGACUGCUGCCACUCAUAUGCAGAGUCGUGCAUCCCUGCCCGAAUCCUGAUGAUGUGGGACUUCAAGAAGUACUACGUCAGCAAUUUCUCCAAACGGCUGCUGGACAGCAUAUGGCACCAGCCCAUUUUCAAUUUGCUGAGCAUUGGCCAAAGCCUGUAUGCGAAAGCCAAGGAGCUGGGCAGAGUGAAGGAAAUUCAGGAACAGCUCUUCCAUAUCAAGAAGCUGUUGAAGACCUGUAGGUUUGCUGACAGUGCAUUAAAGGAGUUUGAGCAGGUGCCGGGACACUUGACUGAUGAGCUCCACCUGUUCUCCCUUGAGGACCUGGUCAGGAUCAAGAAAGGGCUGCUGGCACCCUUACUCAAGGACAUUCUGAAAGCUUCCCUUGCACACGUGGCCGGCUGCGAGCUGUGUCAAGGAAAGGGCUUUAUUUGUGAAUUUUGCCAGAAUACGACUGUCAUCUUCCCAUUUCAGACAGCAACAUGUAGAAGAUGUUCAGCGUGCAGGGCUUGCUUUCACAAACAGUGCUUCCAGUCCUCCGAGUGCCCCCGGUGUGCGAGGAUCACAGCUAGGAGAAAACUUCUGGAAAGCGUGGCCUCUGCAGCAACAUGAUGCCCCUGAGUAUUGUGAAAAAGACUGUUCAACCUGCCUUAUGAUAACAUCGAUUUGUGUCCAUUAUUGGUGACAUUGUUUUAGAUAUCUGGUAUUGUAUAUUAAGGAAAAAGAUGGUCUAUAUUCUCUUUAUUGCAUAUACUUAAUGUUUCGAAAGAAUGCAGAUUCUGUGAUUAAGCACGGGGUUGAUAGUAGUGGUUUUGUUUACAAAUGUUCUGUUUUGGCUGCUAUUGGUUUUUUAAAGAGGUUUUUUAUACUUUUGUAUUUGAAUAGUGAUGUUUAACUGAUGUUGAGCCAGUGUGUGUGUGUGUGUGUGUGUACAUAUGUGAAUUGUAACUGACAAGAUGAAUUACUCAAUUUCUCUCCCUCUAAUGCUUGUUUGAUGAAACUGCUUUUCUUUCAGUGAACAAGAAUAUGACCCCAAAUCUGUUUGUCCUGGCUUUUAUUUCUUCAAGAAACAGACUUCCACUUAAAUGCCAUUUUGUGAUUGUGUCAAUCAUACACAUUUUAUUUACUCCAGAGUUUGAAUAGAGAGUACACAUUUCUUCUGCAGCUUUAUUUCAUGAUGAGUUUGAGUUGCUUAGCAGGGCGUGUAGAUCCAGUUGAAGUGCAGUUUGAAGCAGCUGCCUCUAGAUGGCAUUCUUUCAGGUGGCACAAAUCAAACCUGUAUUUGUCGUCUGUGUUCCACACGCUGUAAUGUCAAGGGAGGCAGGAGUAGAAUUCCAUCCCUGCCCUUGAGGAUCUUGCUUUAUAGAUGUAAAACUGAACAUACGGUAUUUGCAGAUUUAAACAAAUUGGGGGAAAUAAUGAACAGUGUAAUUCUAGUAAUAACAUUAAAAUCAUAGACAUCGACUAAU